AUGUCUAUCAUCGCACCGUACGCCAAAGAGCACCGGGAUACGAACGGUCCCGGAGAUGCGCGCCCUACCGCCCUCAAGAUCGUGCGUGACCAAUCUUUGGACGGAAAGCUCGGCGGCAAGGUCAUCCUCGUCACAGGGGGCACCUCUGGCAUUGGAUUCGAGACCGUGCGAGCGCUGCAUGCAACCGGGGCGGACAUUUACUUCACUGGCCGUGAUCCUAAAAAGGGUAAAGAAGCGGAAGCAGAACUGCGGAGCAACAGCAAACCGGGGAAGCUGGAGUAUGUGGAAAUGGGUUUGGAUUCUCUCCGGAGUAUACGGGCUUUUGCUGCUGAUUUCCUCAAACGGACGGAGGGGAGGCUCAACAUAUUGAUCUGCAAUGCUGGUAUCCGCGGAUAUCCCAAGGGAAAGACUGAAGAUGGGUUUGAGCUGCACUUUGGAACCAACCACUUGGGACAUUUUGCCCUUUUUCAAGCUCUCAAAGAUGCCUUAGUCGCAUCAAGCACGCCAUCGUUUCAUUCUCGUGUUGUAUGUCUAUCAGCGUCAGGCCACCGCCAAUCAGGUAUCCGUUUCGAUGACAUCAAUUUCGACCGCGAAGAAGAGUAUCAGCCUCUACUCGCAUACGCGCAAUCCAAGACGGCCAACAUAUACAUGGCUCUAGAAAUCGAGAGACGCUAUGGUGCCAGCGGAGUGCAUGGACUGGCAGUUCAUCCGGGAGGUAUCAGCGGCACGAGACUCAACCGAAUGACGCCGGAAUCGCAACUCAACGCCCAAGCCGCCGAUCCGGUGAUCUCAAGAAGGAUGAAGAAUGCGGAACAAGGCGCCGCAACAACAGUGUGGGCGGCUAUUUCUCACGAUUGGGACGAGAACGGAGGAUUAUUUCUGGAGGAUUGCCAGCAGAGCGAGCUGUGGAAUGGCGACAUGACGGUUCUGGCACCUGGACAUGCAGCGCACAUUCACGAUCAGGAGGGCGCUUCAAAGUUGUGGGAUGUAAGCUUGGAGAUGAUUGGGUUAGCCAUGUCCAACCAAUGA